AUGAAAUAUCUAUGGGAGUAUCAUGGCGGUCGCACAAACGAAGAAGUGACUUCAAUGUUUCAAAAAGCUCGUGACCACAAUGUCACUGGUAUUUGUUAUCACUCAGCUAGAGAUGUAGACGUCCAUGAACGAGCUUCUAAAAUAGCCCAUUCUAUGAAUCUUGAGUAUCACGCGUGGCUUAUGGUCUUCUUAAAACACGAUUCUUCAGUCGACGAAUACGCAAUAAAUUAUUUGGGACAAGACUCUCUUAACCACCCGGCGUAUGUCCCCCACUAUCACUUUUUGUGUCCUAAUAAUCCAAAAGUCCGCAGCGAUUUAUUGGACUUCACUCGAAAAGUUGCUUCCAUGCCCGACGUGGAUUACAUUCAAUUGGAUUAUAUCAGAUACCCCGAUGUUAAAAUGGGGAAAGGGUUGUGGGAGAAAUAUCACUUAACUUUUGAGGAAGAGUAUCAACCUGCUGAUUACUGUUACUGUCCCACUUGUGUUGAUUUAUUUAAGAAGAGAAGUGGUAUUGAUAUCAAAUUGGUAGAAGAUCCAAGAAAGUGCCCGGAGUGGGUUGAAUUCCGUAUCAACUGUGUCAACGAAGUUGUCAAAGAAAUUGCAGACGUUGUUCACAAAUUCAAAAAACGAGUCAGUUGUGACGUAUUUCCAGGCCCAGUCAGUGUGAACUAUGUGAGACAAAGAUGGGAAGACUGGGACGUCGAUAUGUUCUUACCAAUGAAUUACAACGAUUUCCACGGAGAAGGUGUUGAGUGGAUUGGUGAUGUAGUACGUGAUGAAAAAAUGAAGAGCGAUAAAAAAAAGGCUCUUUUAAUCAGUGGACUCUUCGUGAACGACAAACCAUCAAAGAGAGGAGAAACUAAAGACCCGGAAGAAAUGGGUCUUGACGAUAAAGAAUUGAAAGAAGCCAUAACUGUAUCUCUUAGGAAUGGAGCUAAUGGAAUUUCGAUAUACUCUUUAACAAGACUCACUGACGAGGACUGGAGAGUCUUGAAAGAAAUGUGA